UGCGAGGCGGUUGUUUCUUGUGAGCAGCACACACACUUUGCGCUCACGGAUCAUCCAGUCCUGGUCCACUCACCGCGUCUUUCUGUCGCUUUUUCCCACAGCAGCCUCACCUGCGAAGCCACAGUGGAGGACAGCAGAGCUCCUUGGCGGACACUUUGCUGACUGACAGACACCGGGACGGACAGACGGACACCUCAGUGUACCUUAACCAUGGAGGAGAGCCGGGCAGAGUAACUUCCAGCAGCCUACAGCUCCCACAGCCAGGCUGUCAGAGAGGAGAGCAGCUUCACAAUGACCCGUUAAAUUCCUGCAGCCGAUGCUUUCUUUGGAGAGUGGAUUGACCAUCUCCUAACAGCCGAGAAGACGAGCAGAGAGGCCUUUUUUUAUUCUUUCAGUCUGCAGAUGGACCGAGUGCCCUCGGCACUGGCAGCUAAGAUGCGCUGGAUCACGCUGGUGCUUGCCGGCUUGACUUUCUGGGGCAAAGUGACUAUCUGUAACUGUUUCGAAUACGAGGAGCCAGACUAUGACUAUUACGAAGAGGAGAAAUCGGAGACCAUUGACUACAAAGACCCAUGCAAAGCUGCUGCAUUCUGGGGAGACAUCGCUUUAGACGAGGAGGACCUGCGUAUGUUCCAGAUCGACAGGACGAUAGACCUCACACAGCACACACACAUUCACACACACUCCCGGCAGGGCCACACGUCUGGUGGCCUGGAGGAACAUGACAUUUCUAAGAAGAAAGGAUCUUUAUAUCUACUGCUGGAGAGAAUACGCAGGUUUGGCUUUGACUAUCUUCCAAAGAACUUCAGCAAAGUAGCGGCCACGAAGAGCCAAACCGGGAAAGUUGGGAAAAUUGGAAAGGUUGUGAAGAGCCGUAUUCCUCGAGCAGCCACAUCCCGUGCUGAGAGGAUAUGGCCUGGAGGAGUCAUUCCCUACGUCAUAGGAGGAAACUUCACUGGUAGUCAGAGGGCCAUGUUUAAGCAGGCCAUGCGUCACUGGGAGAAACAGACGUGCGUAACUUUCAUUGAGAAAACGGAUGAGGAAAGCUACAUCGUGUUCACCUACAGACCCUGCGGGUGUUGUUCCUAUGUGGGUCGUCGUGGCAACGGGCCCCAGGCUAUCUCCAUAGGCAAGAACUGUGACAAGUUUGGCAUCGUGGUGCACGAACUGGGCCACGUCAUUGGCUUCUGGCACGAGCACACGCGGCCCGACCGUGACGAUCACGUGACCAUCAUUCGCGAUAAUAUACAACCAGGCCAGGAGUAUAACUUCCUCAAGAUGGAGCCAGGGGAGGUCAACUCUCUCGGGGAGCCAUAUGAUUUUGAUAGCAUCAUGCACUACGCCAGGAACACCUUCUCACGGGGGAUGUUCCUGGACACCAUCCUUCCAUCCAGAGAUGAAAACGGGGUCCGGCCUGCUAUUGGCCAGCGCACCAGACUCAGUAAAGGAGACAUUGCACAGGCAAGGAAGCUGUAUAGAUGUCCAGCAUGUGGAGAGACACUCCAAGAGUCAACGGGUAAUUUCUCAUCCCCUGGUUACCCAAACGGAUACCCUUCAUACACACACUGCGUCUGGAGAAUAUCUGUUACACCAGGAGAAAAGAUUGUCCUUAACUUUACCACCAUGGAUCUGUAUAAGAGCAGUCUGUGUUGGUACGACUACAUUGAGGUUCGGGACGGAUACUGGAGGAAAGCUCCGCUGCUCGGCAGGUUUUGCGGGGACAAAGUUCCUGAAGUCCUGAUCUCCACUGACAGCAGGAUGUGGAUUGAGUUUCGUAGCAGCAGCAACUGGGUGGGAAAAGGCUUCGCUGCCAUCUAUGAAGCGAUAUGCGGAGGGGAAAUCACCAAGGACUCAGGACAGAUUCAGUCUCCCAACUAUCCUGAUGACUACAGACCAUCCAAAGAGUGUGUGUGGAGGAUCACUGUGUCUGAGGGAUACAACGUCGGACUCAGCUUCCAGGCCUUUGAGAUCGAGAGGCACGACAGCUGUGCCUACGACUACCUGGAGGUCCGAGACGGCCCUCUGGAGACGAGCCCUCUGAUUGGUCGAUUCUGUGGCUACGACAAACCCGAGGACGUGCGUUCCACCUCACACACACUUUGGAUGAAGUUUGUCUCAGACGGAACAGUGAACAAGGCCGGCUUUGCUGCUAACUUUUUCAAAGAGGAGGAUGAGUGUGCCAAGCCAGACAAUGGUGGAUGUGAACAGAGGUGUGUAAACACUCUCGGCAGCUUCAAGUGUGCCUGUGACCCGGGCUAUGAACUAGCUCCUGACAAGAAGAGCUGCGAAGCGGCGUGCGGCGGUCUCCUCUCUAAGCUGAACGGCACCAUCAGCACUCCUGGUUGGCCUAAAGAGUAUCCGCCCAACAAGAACUGUGUGUGGCAGGUGGUCGCUCCCACUCAGUACCGCAUCUCCAUGCAGUUUGAGGCCUUUGAGUUGGAGGGAAAUGAGGUGUGUAAAUACGACUAUGUAGAGGUGCGCAGCGGCCUUUCAUCUGACUCUAAGCUGCACGGUAAAUACUGCGGCACUGAGGUUCCUGAAGUCAUCACCUCUCAAUAUAACAACAUGAGGAUUGAGUUCAAAUCUGACAACACCGUCUCCAAGAAAGGUUUCAAGGCUCACUUCUUCUCAGACAAAGAUGAGUGCAGCAAGGACAACGGGGGCUGCCAGCACGAGUGCAUCAACACAGUGGGCUCGUACGUUUGUCAGUGUCGCCACGGCUUUGUACUGCAUGAGAACAAACAUGACUGUAAGGAAGCUGAGUGUGAGCAUAAGAUCCACAGCCCCAGCGGGACCCUGAGCAGCCCGAACUGGCCGGACAAGUAUCCCAGCCGUAAGGAGUGUACCUGGGACAUCACCGCCACGCCGGGACACCGAGUCAAGAUAGCUUUCAAUGAGUUUGAGAUCGAGCAGCAUCAGGAGUGUGCUUAUGACCAUCUGGAGGCCUUUGACGGGGACACUGACACGGCAGCCAUCUUGGGUCGAUUGUGUGGUAGCAAGAUCCCGGAGCAGCUGGUCUCCACCGGAAACAAGAUGUACCUCCGCUUCAUUUCUGACGCCUCGGUGCAAAGGAAGGGCUUCCAAGCUACACACUCCACAGAGUGUGGAGGCCGUCUGAAGGCAGAAGCUCGUCAGAAGAACCUCUACUCUCACUCCCAGUUUGGAGACAAUAAUUACCCGGGGCACACUGACUGCGAGUGGCUGCUGACGGCUGAACAGGGCUACGGCAUCGAGCUAAGCUUCAUCACAUUCGAGGUAGAGGAGGAAGCUGACUGUGGUUAUGACUACAUCGAGCUGUACAACGGGUACGACGCCAACUCACACCGACUCGGUCGCUUCUGCGGGUCAGGGCCCAGGGAGGGGAUCUACUCACCAGGAGGUGCUAUGCUGAUCCGUUUCCAUAGCGACGACACAAUCAGCAAGAAGGGCUUCCACAUCCGCUACACAAGCACCAAGUUCCAGGAGAGCCUUCACACCAGGAAAUGACCUCACACACACACAUACACACACACACACACACACACACACACGCAGCCCACGACCUCUGACCUCUGUGCAGCCCCCCCCCACACCUCCCCCGUCACCCUGACCUUCACCAUGGCAACGAAAAAGAAGUACAGCCCGUCCCCUGUGCUCGGACCCGAUGGACAGAUGUGGGCGUUCGUCGGCCGUGGGAGGAAGAUAACACUUUGACGUGAACAUCAGUCUCUCUCUGCGACUCCACGCGGGUCAUCAGACAGGAACAACACAAGGGCUGGUUUUCAUUUCUGCUCAUCAAGCUACCCUCAGUGUGGAUACUCACUGUGGCAAAACAAAAGAGUACAAACACAAACACACGAGAUUCAUAUUCAGAAUAUAAACUAUGGCUUCUCGAGGAAUAAGGAGCUUCUGCUGAAAAGAAAAUGCAUCCAACACGGGAGUUUUUUCUGACUUCUUGUGCGACUUACUGUGAUCAGACGGCUGCUCAUACCCACAGUAACUGAGAGGAAACUCUGAAAUAGACAUUUUUAUUGCCUUUGAUGCCUGGGAACUGGUCUCUUCACCCCAGCUCAGAACGGCUGCAGAUGAUUUUAUUUUACGUCUUAUUGUAAAACCCAUUGUGUUUACUGUGUCUGUGUGUGUACAGAGAAAACAAACAAAAGGCUGUCAUUUUUGCUUAAAGCUUAUGCAGACGACCAUCAUGGAAUGGGAGAAAAAUAUGUAACAAAAUGCAAAUGGAGAGUCUCCAAUUGAUCUGUGAUGUUAUUGUAAAGCCUUGCAUUAUGUUUUGUGUGUGUGUGUGUGUGUGUGUGUGUGUGUGUGUGUGUGUGUGUGUGUGUGUGUGUGUGUGUGUGUGUGUGUGUGUGUGUGUGUGUGUGUGUGUGUGUGUGUGUGUGUGUGUGUCCAUACUGUUUUUGAGUUUUUUUGCAUCAUCCUGUAACAAACUUAUCAUGGAUGUUUCCACCUCACCCAUCCCCCAAAAAUAAAAGUGGAUAUCGUAAGGGAAUAUGAAGCUGACUCUCAGAUUGACACAAUUCUGAUUGAAGGAGAGAUUCCCAUGGUGCUAAAAAUAAAACUACACUGAAUGACAGAUGACUGCAAUGGAAGUAAAGGUUUUCAGUAGGAGAGACAGUCGGCGUGCAAACAGCACAAUGCAACAGCACUAGUCCUGUGGAACUACAACAUUGCCUUAGAACCAAAAUGGAUGCUGUCCGAGUGUUUUCAAGGUUUUUAUGGUAGCAUGUUUCAUUCGUUCGAGAUGAAUGGUUUUAUUGUGAAAAACAAACAUGGGAAAUGUAGUCUGUGUGAGAUAAAGUGUCAAUGGUGCAUGAGUGUUGGUGUUUCAUUGUUGGAGCUGCUCUCAGAGAUACAUAUGCACACAUGCUUACACAUCCACACAUUUUGUGUGCUUUUUCCCCCAAAAUAUCUGAACACACACUUCCCUUUCUGUAUAUUUGGAGCAUGGAGAGCAAAGUGCUGUAAAGUUGAAAGAAUAUCAAGGUGCAAACAGGUUGCAUCGUUUGUUGUGUUAUAUGCAAAAUGUGUAAGUGUGUUAUAGGAGAUUAUAAGAAAUAAUGUGCGUGUAUGUCUGUAAACUGUAUGUUUUUAAGUUGAAUCAUUCAUUGCUGUACGUGCCAAGCUCCAGGUGACCCUGAUCCACUGUAGUUUUUGUUUUAUCACUCAACCUCUGUGUCUGUAGUUCAGAGACACUGACAUGACGUCCUCUGCAUCAGUCAUUAAAAUACACACAGGGAAAAAAUU